AUGGUGCCCCGGGGCCUUGGAGCAAUGCUCAUCUGCCUUUUCCUGGGCCUGACAGAAGAAGGUGAGAACGUUCAGCCGAAGGGCAGCUCCUCAGAGAAAGCAUUCGACUGGAACCGACGGGAGUGCGAGAAUCCUCAACAGGCUGUCCUCGCCCAGCCGGAGAACCUCGUUGUCUCUGAAGGGGAAACGUCUCUGCUCAAGUGUGAGGUGGAGAACGCGCCUGGCAUUGUGCAGUGGGCAAAAGAUGGGCUCCUGUUUGGUCCCAACCGCGACAUCCCCAGGUUCCCCCGCUACACCAUGGUGGGAGACCCUAGCAAAGGUGAAUAUAAUCUUCAAAUAACAAGGAGCCGGCUGGAAGACGAUGCCUUGUAUGAGUGUCAGGUGGGACCCUCAGAGUCAAGCAGUGCCAUCAUCUCACACAGUGUGUUGCUCAGCGUGCUUGUGCCCCCUAAGAUGCCGCUUCUUACAGAGUACCAGGCAAAUAGCACAGUGACUUGGGUGACUGGUGUGGAGUACACAGUGAACUGCCAGGUGAAGGAUGUUCGACCUGCUGCAGAGAUUGUUUUCAGCAAGGGUGAUGACAGUAUACUAGAUGCUGAAUCAAGCACUCAGCCGGGGUCUGAAGACAAACUCUUCAGCACAGAGGCUGUGCUGAGGAUCACCCCCCAGAGCUCAGACAAUAAGAAAUGGCUGAUGUGCCGAGCUUCUAAUGCAGCCUCUUUAAUCCCAGCGGUUGCUGGUUUCGCCAUGAACGUCCUGUUCCCACCUGAUCCACCCAUCAUCUCAGGCUAUGAGGGCCCUGUUGUCAAAGCCAAGGACAAGUUAAAGCUGACUUGCAUUUCUCUGGGUGGGAAUCCUCUGGCUACUCUGCAGUGGCUGAAGAACGGGGAAGUAAUUUCCACCAACUGGGAGACAGAAAGUACGAACCAAUUGUCCCGGAGUUUCCUGACUCUCAGCCUAACAGCAGAAGACAACAAUGCAACAGUAACCUGCCAGGCCCUGAACCAAGUAUUAUCCCUCCCCCUGCUGGCUAGCUUCACCCUGCAUGUAGUCUUUUUCCCCGAAGAGGUGAAAAUCAUUGGCUCGAGCAGCACCCCAGAAAGCAAGGAGAUCUCCGUGAGCUGCUCCACCUCUUCCAGCAACCCCCCUGUGCAGCUGCGCUGGUGGCUGGGCUGGAGGGAGCUCAAUGCCACAGAAGUCACCAUCUCAGAGGGAAACCACGGUGGGAAGAUCACGGUCUCUAACCUGACGUACAGGGCGCUCCGAGAAGACAAUGACCUGCAGCUGACCUGUGAAGCCUUCAACGAAGCCGUCCUGUAUGCCAAGAAGGCUAGCGUGACCCUCAAAGUACUAUAUCCUCCUCAGAAGAUCUGGAUUGAUGUGCCUCCCCCAGAAACACGCUUCCGAGCUGGCACCCAACUCAAGCUAACCUGUUUUGCCAGCGGUGGGAAUCCUUUGCCCCGUCUCGACUGGUUCAAGGAUAACAAGGUGGUGAGGGAUGGGAUACUGGUGCCAACGGGGCCGUUGGGAAAUAUCGUUUCCAAGGAGCUGCUCCUGACCGCUGCUCCCAGCGACAACAUGGCCACCUAUCGUUGCAACGCCUCCAGUCCUUCCAGAACCCAGCCUCCGCUCACCGCCUUCACUCGCCUGCACAUCCAAUUUCCACCCCUGCAGGUAACAGUUACUACGACAACCAAGGAAGUCAGACGGAACCAGACGCUGAAGCUUACCUGCCGGUCUGGCAGCAGCAACCCUCCUGCCGCACUCUCUUGGUUCAAAGAUGGAAAGAAGUUGAAUGCAAUUGACCUUGGGCAGAAGAAGGCAGAGUAUGGAGGCUUUUCCACGUCAAGCCAAGUGACGCUGGUGGCUUCCUCUGCAGAUCACGGGCAGAGGGUGGAAUGCCAUGCAUACAGUUCGGUCCUCUCUGAAGGUGUGAACGCCUUUUACCAGCUCAAUAUCCUAUUUCCUCCAGAGUUCUCUGCUGAGCAGCCCCAUGCUGUGCAAGUUGCAGAGUAUGAAGUUAUCCGGUUGCCUCUGCUGGUCUCUGCCAGCCCUCCUGAGAUCACCUACCGCUGGAGCUUCCUUGGAGAGGUAAUUCUGACAGAGGGUUCCCCGCGGUACCACUUGCGAGAUGGUGGAUCUCUGGAGAUCUCGAAGGUGAUACGUGGAGAUGCUGGCCGGUACUCAGUCCACUGUGAGAACUCAGAAGGGUACAGUGAGAUGACCAUUUUGCUGGAUGUCCAAUAUGCACCAUCCAUCCGCAGCAUAGGAGACCCAACCACUGUGGACCUAGGAGGCUCGGCUGAGAUUACGUGCCAAGCUGAGGCCAACCCUGCACCUGCGGGCAUGUUCAAAUGGAGAUGGCUGGGUGAUUUGGAACGUAACCUGGAAGAGAUGGGCAUUGAACUGCUGUCAGAGGGGCUGGUGGGACGGCUGCAUGUCCCGGAGGCAAAGCGAGCCCACGCUGGACUCUAUGAAUGCCAGGUAGACAACGGCAUUUCCCCAGCAGCGCGGAGCAGUGCCCGCUUGGUUGUGCAAUUUCCCCCAGAGAUCAUGAAGACCCCUGGACAGAGAAAAGUGGGAGCUUCAGGGGAUGGGAUAAGCACAGCCACCCUCCUGUGCCAUGCUCAAGGCGUCCCCCCGGUGGAAUUCAGUUGGGCCAAGAAAGGAGCUGCUCUCGAUCUCCAGGACCCCAGGUACACAGUGCUCACGGAACACAAAGCAUCUUUGCAGACCAGCAUUUUAACCAUUGCCAAUGUGAGCUCGGCUUAUGACUACGGCCUCUUCACCUGCACGGCCAGCAAUGCGAUGGGCACUGAUGCUCUCGACAUCCACCUGCUUAGUAUCAACCGCCCUGACCCCCCAACACAGCUAAAGGUUGUCGCUGUUGCCCACAACUGGCUGGCUUUGGAGUGGACCCCUGGUUUUGAUGGAGGGCUUAAGCAAAGCUUUCACAUGAGAUAUCAUCGGCUGGGAGCUCCUAGCUUUCUGGAGGUGGCUGUUUUCCCACCGCAGUCAUCCACUUUCACCUUGACGGGACUGCACCCGAACACGCCCUACAAUGUCUCUGUCAAUGCCCACAAUGCUCUUGGCGAAAGUGACUUUGCCGAUGGUGGCAUGGGGCUCAUUGUCACCACGACAGAGAUAGAGAAGAAGCCAAUGGACAUAACGCCCCAAACGCCACCCAUGCAUGAACCAGCACUUGUUUCUGAGCCCAGAGUCUGCAGCUCCAGCUGGCCUGGUUUGGCUGCUUCAUGGCUGGGCUGCUGCAGCUGCCAGUUGUGUUGGGGUUGUCUCAGUCAAGGGAUAAACGGGGAGCCGAUUGAGAGAGAGCCGAGAACUCCACCUGUGACUGAACCAGGCAGCCCUGCAUUACCCCUUUUCCUCAUUGAGCUCCUUGGUGCUGUGGGAGGGAUCCUGAUCGUUUCUAGCCUCUCCCUCCUGGGCUACCUGUUCUGUAAGCGGCGGGCCCAAGCCUUGGAAGGAGAUGGGUCCAAAGUUGGAGCUGGGUCAAAGGUGCGAAGCGAGAACAACUACUCUGACAACAAAUGGCUGAAAUUUGGUGCAACACCAGCAAAGUUGGAGGAGCACAGCUCUGAGGCCAGCACAUCUCCCAGGGGUAGUUCUGUUGAGACAACGACCGACUCUAUGGCCUCUCCACGGCCCUGGUCCCGGCUGGGCCGCCAUGCUGAGAGUGAGACGGAUGCCAGCAUUACAGAGCCUCCUACAUCACCCCCAUGGCUAAGCUCUCCAGAGCCCCAUGAGUACGAAGAAGUGAUGAUACCCUCAAAAUACAAGGGAAAGAGACCUCUUUAUAGUACCUGGUAUCCUGAGGAAGCACCAUGGAUCCCCGAGUAUGAGGGACCCUAUCAGCAGAGCAGAAGACCACUGGCUGGCUACGAGGAGAUAAUGCCAGUUUACGACCUUGUGGCUGAUACGCCACCAUUCAGCAGGGACAGGACACUGCCAUUUGAGCAUCUUGGGGAAUUGGUCUGAGGGCCAAAAGACACGUUACGUUGGACACGUGUCAGGAUACGGGUGCUUGACCCCUCCUUGUAGUCAAGUGUUAUAAUGGAGAAUAACCUUUUAAAAUGUCUUUUUUUGUCCCAAGGGGUGCCAAAUACUGAGAGGGGGAAAGGAGAAUUGGAAGUGGGAGCACUGGUUCCACAUGUCAUACGGCAAAAGGCCCGUUCAGCCCAGGUGGGAGGUUUGGUACAUUUUUGAAUAAACAGCUCCUUAUUACA